AUGGCCAAGCUCGAAGAAGUCCCCGACGACGAGCCGGUUCUGCGGCACCGCGUGCCCUCAGCCGCUGGCAAGGGCAAGAAGGGCAAGGCGCCCUCCACGAAGACGGUCAAGAUCCCGCUCGCGCAGCCCUCAGCCAAAGCGGCCGAGUUCGCCGCGCGCGCAGGCAAGGCGGGCAAGGGCCCGCUCGUCGACCUCGACCUCGACGACCUCAAGGCCGCCGGCGUGACAUUCACCGAGGUGGCUGCGGAGGGCUCGGACGCCGACGACGGCGACGACGGCGACGACGAGGAGGACGACCGGACCGACGAGGAGCGCGCGACCGAGGCGUGGUGGGACGAGUUCUUCGACGGCAUGCUGUACACUGUGCCCUUCAGCUUUUUGUACAUGAUGCUGGAUAUCCUCACCAACCUCUCGUACAACCAGCACCCCGACUUUUACUACUACCUCCAGAACUACAGCGUCGCGCUGCCGACCGUCGGCAUCAUCAUCUUCUACACAACCCGCUACGCCAAGUCCCUCUGGUGGCACUUCUUCGGCACGCUCAUCUCCAUCGUGUGCGGCACGCGCCUCAUCUACCUCGUCAACAAGGCGUCGUACAUCGUCGUGCUGCGGCAGGGCCCCGCCGUCGGCACGCUCUGGAUCCUCACCAUCGUCCAGCUGCCCCUCUCCCGCGCCAUGCUGGCGCUCGCUGUCAUCACGGCCUGGGGCUACUCACAGGGCAUGAAGCUCAUUCCAUAG